AUGCCUGGCGUCGUCUUUGUCGCGGGCGGCCUUGGUGAUCUGGGCAAGCUCAUCACCGAGUCCAUUCUAGAAAUUGGGCAGUACGAGGUUUAUAUCCUCUCACGAAGGAUGCCGCCGGACACCAUGCCUUCGCUGGCCGCCCAGCCUCAGGCCCAGAUUAUUCAGACUGAUUACAGUUCAGAGGAGGCAGUGGCCGAGGUUCUCGUCAAGUACAACUGCCACACCGUCAUAUGUGCCUUUGCGCUGGAUUUUCGAGCUGCAAGCGACUCGCAAUUGAGGCUGAUCCGAGCCGCGGAGCGAGCGCCCUGCGUCAAGCGCUUCAUCCCGUCCGAGUUCAACAUCGACUACGACCUCCCGGGCCAUGUCCUUCCCUACCCGGAUAAGCGGUUUCAUACCAUUGCCAGGCGCGAGCUAGAGAAGACAGACCUUGAGUUCACCUACAUAUAUCCUGGGAUGCUUAUGGACUACUUUGGUAUGCCCAACGUCUCGACGCAUCUCAGGGAACUGCACCUGUUCGUCGACGCGGCCAACGGCGUCGCGCUCAUCCCAGGAGACGGUGAGGUCAAGAUGGCCACGUCGUAUACCAAGGAUGUCGCCAGAUACACGGCCCUCGCCCUCGAACUGGAAACAUGGCCACUUGUUAUGACCACCGCGUCGAGCACCGUCACGCUGAAUGAGCUGGUGAAAAUGGUAAACAGGAGCCGGGGAAGGAACCUUGCCGUGCAGCACCAGUCCAUCUCGGCAUUGCAGCAGCGCACAGACCGCAGAAUCUUGCCCAGCAACGAGCACAUCACAGAACACUUCCCGGGAGGCGUCGAUCAGUUGAGCACAUUGCUGGCAGACCUCGGGUCCUCCGUGGCUCUGGGUGCGUACGAUUUCUCCAAGCUCAAAGGAGAGUUGAACCUGGUCGAGCACUUUUCAGAGAGAACUCGACCGCCCAUGAAGCUCGAGAAGCUAUUGGAUAUAGCAUGGGGAGGGGGCGAAGUCGGCGGCCAAGGCGACCAAGGCGGCGCGGUCGCCGCGCGCGAGUAA